AUGGGGAAGAAUGAUGUGCAAAUCCCACAUCUCACGAUGGGCCUAGAAGAAAUCUUGACACGUCUUACAUGGAUUUUCUACUUCUUGGUUCCGUGUUUGCUCACAGAAGGUGUGUCCAUUCUGCCCGCCCCUCAGAACCUCUCUGUACAAUCAGUGAACAUGAAGCAUCUCCUGACAUGGAGCCCAGUGACGGUGCCCGGGCAUCAGGUCCACUAUUCGGUCGAGUAUCAGGGAGAGUACGAGAGCCUGUACCGGAGCCACAUCUGGAUUCCCAGCAGCUGGUGCUUGGCCACGGAAGCUCCUGAAUGUGACGUCUCUGAUGACAUCACCGCCACCGUGCCCUACAAUCUCCGCGUCAGGGCCGCCCUGGGCUCGCGGUCCUCAGCCUGGAGCACCCUGCGGUCCCCUUUCAAUCGAAACUCAACCCUCCUCACUCCCCCGGGCGUGACAGUCAGCAGGGACGGCUUCCACCUGAUGGUUGAGCUGGAAGACCUGGGGCCUGAGUGCGAGUUCCUCGUGGUCUACUGGAGGAAGCAGCCGGGUGCGCAGGAGCAGGUCAAAGUGGUGAGGAGGGGGGGCAUGCCGGUGCACCUGGACACCAUGGAGCCGGGCGUCGCCUACUGCACAAAGGCCCGGACCGUCGUGAAGGCCAUCGGGAAGCACAGCGCCUUCAGCCAGGCGCAGUGUGUCUUGGUGCCAGGAGAGACCAUCCCUCUGGUUCUGGCCCUGUCUGCGUUUGUUGGCUUUAUCCUGAUCCUCGUGGCGGUGCCGCUGUCCGUGCGGGAAGUGUGCCGCUUGCUCCGGUACUCCUGCUGUCCUGCUGUGGUGCUCCCCGACACCUUGAAAAUAACCAGUUCACCCCAGAAGCUAAUCAGCUGCAGGAAGGAAGAGGUGGCGGCCUGCGCGGUGGCCGCGCUGCCCUCGGAAGGAGCCCUCCGCGGGUUGGGGCCGGGCCCCGCAGAAGCCGAGAGCCUGGUGCCAACAGCCUCGAGGGGAAAGACCGGUCCUGGCUUCCUGCAGGAGUGAAGAGCCAGC